AUGGAUCUGGUUGGAGAUGGGCACGGUGUACAUUUGAAGAUUGUACAUGGGCUGGGUGAGCACGACGCAUCGACAGCGUUCUGCGAUUGUGGCGCGGUGCCGCCGCCGACGCCGGGUCCACCACCCACACCGGAGAACCCGUCAGAGGUCAAGAAUGCGUCGGCCGUUCCCGCGGGGACAGUCUUGACUGUUGCCGAGUACACAUCAGAUGAAAUCCUUCCGUCUGGUGUGACUGCGUCUGAUCUCAUGAACUCCAUUGUGUACAAGGCUGCUAAAACGACGGGUUUGUGCCUGUUCCCGUCUCCAAUUAUUAUUAGUAUUAUUAUUCGAAUUAUUGCGGAUUUUAUCGUGGACGCUUGCCAGCUCUCCGCAGUUGUUGGCGAGCUCUCGGUCGCAGUGUCUGCGACGACCAGCUUCACGGUCCAGGUUGCCGACGCGAGUGUUGCCGAGGUCUUAUCCCUUACGGUACAAGGGACUGAAGACGUUAUCAAAGAGCAAGAGCAAAUUAACAUUGCAAUGGCAGCUGCCGAUUGGAGUGGAGAUUCAGUGAUCACUGGUGCUCCAACGAUGGGCGAGGUGGUCACCAUGGUUGUGACGACUCCGACGGCAACGACAACGACCACCGUGGCUACCGUGACGACCGAGGAUCUCUCGAGCCCCGAGUGUGACGCGUCCAAGACCACCAUUUGCGACGUGGUUUCCAUCGUCAUGAUUGCUGUGCUCAGCUGGCUCGUCUGA